CUGUAACGAGAUAUGCGUUUUUCCUGUUCAACAUAUGGAGGAGGCUCCUUUUCCUCUUAUUGUGAAAGUCCUAACGCUACAACUUCCUGUCGAGCGCCAAAAUCCGGAAGUGUUGUUAUUGUUUGGCGGAGCUAACGCACCUAACAGUGCUAACCGAAGCUAGCGAUGACAAUAUGACGCCGUAACAAAUGGCUGCCGACAUCAAUCUGACAUGGACCAACCGAAGACGUCCAGCAGAAGAUGACGUUUGUCCUUCACAAAUUAAAUCUCUGAGGAAGGAUGAAGAAACGUUCUGCAGAUGGCACAAGAGGUCACUGACAGGAGCUUCUAGUGUUGACCAACAUGAGGAGGAGAGGACCCCUGUCUCAGGUCAAGAGAUGACGAGGGAGGAGUCAGUCGUCAUGGAGAGCAGUGAGUCUAGUGAUGAUGAUCUGGGGCGACUGGACAUUGACCUGGACAGAAAGUCCAAGCAGCAUAAUUUGACAUCCCACAACGUGCGCGCCAUCCUGCACGAGGUGAUUACCCACGAGCAUGUGGUGGCCAUGAUGAAAGCUGCCAUCAGGGAAACUCAGGACCUUCCCAUGUUUGAGCCGAAGAUGACCCGGUCCAGAUUGAAACAGGCAGUGCAGCAGGGACAGGCACUAAAUUGGAGGCUGUCUGCGAUCAGCACCGUCAAGCUGCAGCCUCCUCAGUUUGUGGACAUUGAUCUUGAAGAGGAGGAUGAUUCGUCAGAUGAAGAAUAUUGUCCUGAUGGGGAGGAAGAGGAGGAGGAAGACACAGUUGAUGAGACCUUUCUCAGCGAUGCAGACAGCUUUGCGUCUCCUACCAAAAUUCACCUGAUUUCUGUGCCAGCAGAACCUAGGACUCAUGAACCACUGCAGGAAUCUCAAGGACUCCCCACAGAAAAAACGGCAGCCUUUACUGGUUCUACUCAGAACCUUGACACUAUUUCUGAACCGUCUUUCAUGGACAGACUGAAUGCUGUAGAGGAGGAGCUGGACUGCAGCCCUGCUUACACCUAUAACCAGGCGCCGACUGUCAGUGGUGGUGAAGGCUGUCUGGCUUACCGCACACGCUCCAAACUCCGUCUGGUGAACAUUCCUCUGGGUCAGCUGGAAGCCGAGCUGCUGGCGCCAGACAUCACUGCAGACAUGUAUGAUCAAAGUGCUGCCCAACAGGAAGAGGAUCGCCACUGGGCACAGUGGUUGCAAAGUCUUAUGGCCCCUGACAACGAAGAGGAAGCUGAUGAUGAUGACGACCCAGAGUAUAACUUCUUGGAAGACCUGGAUGAACCUGACCAGGAAGACUACAGAACGGACCGGGCCGUUCAGAUCACCAAGAAGGAAGUAAAUGAGCUGCUGGAAGAACUGUUUGACACUCUCCAUGAAGAGGUGGUCGCUGAGGAGCAGCAGCAGGAGGAGGAGCAGGAGACCGCUGCAAAGACUGGACCCAAAUUUAACGUCCCCCAGGCCUUACGGUUUGAGGCUCCAUUAGCAGGACUGCUGACAGAACGGCGGAGAACCGUCAGGCAGCAGUAUGAAGCUCUGCAGCAGCGCAGAGCCCUGCAGGACACAACCAACCAUGACUACGUACACCUGAAGGACACACCCGGCCCUGAGUCCAACACCAUCACCUCUGUGCCGGUGCUGCCUAACCAGAGCUGCCCCACGCUGCACCUGGACCACACUCAGAAGCUGCAGCUGCAGCAGCAGGUCCAGCAGCAUGUACAGCUGUUGACACAGGUUCAUCUGCUGAGUCGGCGUGUUGACGCCCUGAAACACGAGGCUGGGAUCACUAAACAAUACCUGGAGGAGCUGCAGCAGUUUUCUUGUCGAAGGGAAGCACUGUGUCUUCCCAGCACGCUCAGGGUGUGCAACCUCCAGGGGUCACUUGAUCUGAUCCAGGAGGUGGAGCAGCGAGAGGAGCCUCCUCCUCCUGCUGCUGCGUCCAGACGCUGGCUCCCCAGGAUGACGCCUGUUAUCAGCAGUCAUGCCUUCCCUCUGCUGCCUGCUGAUACUGCCUGGCUGUUUGCUACCCGACCUGUCUUCCUCUAUUCCGAGCUGCUUCCUGUGUGCAGCCUGGACCCAGCUCUCCACAGCCGGCACCACCGUAGCAUUUACACCGCAGGAGAGGACGGGCUGAUUGUUCUGGGUCUGAAGCACUUUGAGGGGUCGGUCCAAUCUGAUCAGCUGAUCAGUUCCUACCUGCUUUGUAAGAAACGAUGGAACUUUAGGAAACAUGUCAGAGAGAUGAGCAGCCAGAGAGCCCCGCCCAAUGUUAUAAAGAUGUUCCUGACACAAGGAUUGAUUCCCCCGAUGCCACUGGCUUGCAGCAGAGUUGAGCCAGGAGACCAGCGCCCCCCAGUGGACACCAACAUCCUGAACAUGCCCAACUGGCUCAAGAACAGUCAUCAGAUCAUCAAGAAAACCCAGGGGGACUCUGGUUGCUACCCGCCCUCUCUACCACCUGGCUGUACCCUCAGACUCCACCCCUAUUGGCUAAACAAGUCACGCGCACCCACCCCACCCCACAGACGGCUCUUCACUCUGGCCCACAAUGCAUCGUUGUUGCCAUUGGCCAAAGCCCCUGAAGACAAACAGGUGGAAAGACAUUUCACACAGCCAGUCAACUACCUGUCUCUGCCCAAGGGGUUAGGGUUACAUUCUGCCUCCCCCACUUUGCCACUGGUUCCACCUCCAGUCUCUGAUGCUUUCCCACUAACAGCUGUCUACCCGCUGCCGACCCAGUGCGUUCCUAUUGACCAGGCUUUUACUGGGCAACAACCGGCCCCACUCCUGCCCCCCCUCCCCUCCCAUCCCAAGCUUGACACUAAAAAUCCCACAUUGACUUUGGCCCCUGCGAAUGUGAACCCAGGAUGCCUCCUCCUCCAAAUGGUGUUGACUACACCCACUGAAUCCUCCCAGCCGUCUCUGGAACCAAUUGGACAAAUAAGGCAUGAGCAGGAGAAGGGAGGUGAGACUUUCACAAACCCAGAUCUGAUGGUGGAAGAAAGACAACUGGAGGAAGAGAGUUCAGUGUCAACAUCCACACUGAGCCCAGUUUCAUUUGCAGAAGAGAGAGAGGACGAGGGGCAGGUUGAGGUGGUGAAUAGGGAAACGCAGGAGAAGGAAGAUGAGGUGGAAAACUGGUCUGUGGUGGGUGUGGUCAGUUUGAAUGGAGGAGAAAGCAGCACUGGUGCAGAGAGAGGACAGGGGAGAGAUGGAGGUGGAAACAAGGAGGAAUAUGGUGGAGGAGAAGAUGGAGAGCAGGGAGGAGAGGAGGAGGUGCCAGAGAGAAAGAGGGAGGAUGGAGGAGGAGAGGGGGAGGAUAAUGGAGACAAGGAUAAAGAUGAAGACCAUGAUCGACAGGGGGAGGAGGAGGAAGAGGAGGAUUUUGAUGACCUCACACAGGAUGAAGAUGAGGAAGAAGUGAUGUCAUCAGCAUCUGAGGAGUCAGUGCUAUCUGUUCCCGAGCUACAGGAGACCAUGAAGCAGCUGACAUGGCUGGCAUCGGAGCAGAGGAUCUGUCCUGACGGAGACUCGGAGGAUGAGCACUCCCCCACGUCGGAAGAUGAAGAGGAGGACGGAGGCCACAAAGACGGAAUGUCAGGGGAGAGGAGGAGAAGUAAAGGCGAGGAAGAUGAGGAGACACCAUCAGGAGAGGGUACUCCCCGUGGUGGAGGAGGGAGAUGCCCGGUACGAGGAAGAGGGCGGAGCCGACCGCUUCGGGGCCUGAGGAGGAGCCGCCAAGAGCGUGACAGUAAAGACACAGCCAAACUGUUGCUGCUGUAUGAUGAGCAUCUGCUGGAUAAGGACCCGCAGAGAGAGAGCAAAGACAUGGCCUUCGCUCUGAGCUAUUUGAACAGGAUACGUGAAGCGCUGCAGGAUGUACCUGGACAGGUGGAGGAGUUUGUGUCUCUGCUGAGCGAGUUUGAACAAGUGGGGGAGAGGCAGGAUGUGGCGUCACUGUUCAGGAAGCUGCGCUGCCUCCUGGGAGAACGCACCGACCUCCUCAAAGACUUUGCUGCGUUUUUGCAUCCGGAGCAGGCGCUGCAGUGUGGACUGUUUGAGGAGCAGCAGGCCUUUGAACGGAGUCGACGCUUCCUGCGUCAGCUAGAGAUCAGCUUUAGUGAUAAUCCAUCACAUUAUCAGAAGAUCAUCAAAGCUCUGCAGACUGGCCCUGACCUGAGCCCUGCCAGCAUCCUGGAGCUAAAGGCUCAAAUGGCCAUGCUGCUUAAAGGCCACACCCAUCUACAGGCGGAAUUCUGGGUAUUUUUUGAAGAGCUUCGUCCGCCUCCAGCGCGACCUGGUCAGUUUGAAGAGGCUCAUUGGCCGGAGGAUGGAGGCGGAGGGUCAGACGGUGGAGAGGGCAGUGGUCAGGUGUCAGUGCCUGGAUUCAGCAGUGGCUUUGAGGAGGUAACGCUGCCUGAGCUUGAUGAAGAAGAUGAGGGACAGAAAAUCCAACCAAUGACAGGCCGCCGCAGGAUGAGGAAGAUCAAUGCCUGCAGAAACUACAAGGACUGCGAUUGGUCAGAUAAAGAUUGGCUGUGCACCUGUCGUGAUAGAAAGAUUCGCCGGCACCAGAGGAAAGGAUGUAAUCGUUGCCAUGGUAACAAGUCCUCAGGAGGUGUGUCUAAGGCCAUGAAGAAUCUGGACCCUCUGUACCAAAUACGUUCAGAGUCAGGUGACAAAGAUCUGGAUUUGAAGAGGGAUGAUGACAGCCCACAGCCCGAUCAAAGCAGUGCAUCAUGGGAAACAGGGUUCCACCUGGUGGAUGAGAAAGAGGAGGAAGAGGAUGAGGAGCUGGUUGAGGAGGAGGAUGAUGAAGAGGAGGAGGAAAGAAAAAAUAGUGACAAGGAGCAAAGAAAUGAGGCGCUACCAUUCACCACCACUGCCUUCCCCAACCCCAUCGUUACUGCCUCUGUCACCACCUCCUCCAUCUCUCUUUGUACCACCUCCACCAUUUCUCCCAUCUUCAUUUCAGUGGCCUCCUCUCUAUCCACCACCUCUUCUACGCCUCCUCGGCCCAGUCCUCCUCCUGACCCCCCCGUCUGUGCCAAGAACAUUUCCCUGACAGCGAGUGGGGAAAAAGUCAUCAUGUGGACCAGAGAGGCUGAUAGAGUCAUUUUGACAACAUGUCAGCAGGAAGGAGCCAAUCAGAACACGUUUCAAGCGGUCUCUACUCUGCUUGGCAACAAGACUGCCAGUGAGGUGUCUCGCAGGUUUCGGGAUCUGAUGUGUUUGUUCCGGACUGCAGCUCGACAAGCCAGCGCCGAGGAUGAAGCUCUGCCCACAGACACAGCGGCAGCCAAUCAGGAAGACUGAAGUUAUCACGACGGGACAUUUGUUUGAGGUCUCAGACAUUUCUUGGAAAACAUAUGAAAGCAGAGAUGUAUUUUCUGUUUAUAGCUAUAAAUAUAAAAAAUAGUGACUAUUUGAUGUUUUUGUGAAAUGAUUUUUGUUUUUGCACUAAAACAUGAUGCAUCCUGGAUCAGAGCAGAUCAACUUCUUGUGAAGUCUAACUUUUUUUUAACCAUUGUUUGGUCUAUGAGAAGAUGAAUAAAGAUUAAUUGAUUAUC